GAAAACUGUCUGUGGGCCGGUGGAGGGGAUGAAACAAGUGGAAGGAGAUGUAGCAGACAGGCACGCGUUUCUAACUCGCACUGCUCCACCUCGUCGGCUCCACUCCUCUCGCUCCUCUGUAGCAUCCUCCCUGUGUGUGCACGGGCGAUCAUUUUGCGGCGCUGCGUCGGAGCUUCAUGGCCGCGACACUCGCGAUGAGCGGCGGCGGGCAGGAGGAUCCCUUCUACCCGCUGCAGAAGGCGACUCUGCCCGCUGGAUUCCCCCUGGAGGACUCGGCGUUGUUCGGCUUGGACUGCAAGAUCGCGGACGCAGACAAGGCUGGGCAAAGCGACUACACGCAGGCAAAGUGUGAGAUGGACAGGUAUCUCUCGCCUCAGUCUCUGCCCCUUCCAGCUCAGCAGAAGUCACAGAGAGACAGCACGUUGGAUCAGUUCUUCGCUGGUGAUCACACCGGGGCUCCCUACACCCUCAACAUGAAUCUUUACCUCCCCGACGCUGCCUACCUGAGGAUGGGCUUGUGUCAGCAGGUGCGGCCCCCUCAGCACCAGAACCCCACAGGUCUCACCCAAAUCAAGACAGAAACAGCCUCCCCGUGUUUCUCCCCCAACGUACAACUACACUGCCCCAACACGACGCCCUCUAGUAGCUGCAGCACAUCUGGGCAUGGCCCCGGCAGCAUUGCCAUGGAAACUUCAGCCAUAAACAUGACGUUAACAGGGUUACCGGACUUCACCAGUGUUUUUAACCAGUCAGGAGGCAACCGCGGUGGCGAUUCAGUGCCGGAGGUGUUCAUCAAACAGGAAAUGUCAUCGCAGUUUGAUGCUCUCCACCAUCAUGACAACAGUGGCUCGCUGUUUCAGCUACUAAACUCCGGCUUGGACCAUCACCAUGGCAAUGGUAUGGAGGCUCAGCAUCAGCAUCAGCAUCAGCAUCAUCAUCAUCAUCAUCAUCAGCAGCAGCAGCAGCAAAUACAACACACUUCCACUUCCACAAUCCACACGCCUUUCCAUGACUUGCCUGUAGCUUCUUCUGCGUCUCAACAAGAGCAGACUGCAAAGCCUGCCUACUGCAGCCUGGGUGGCGGGGCGUACACACAUCCUCAUGCUCAGGGGCAUCCCCAUUUCCUCCAACAGCAGGUGCCCUACCUGCCGCCCUCUCCGCCAAGCUCGGAGCCCGGCAGCCCCGACAGACAGAAGGAGCUGCUCCACACCAUGUCCCCUCCGCCCUCAUACGCAGCCACCAUCGCCUCCAAGUUGGCAGGUAGCACCCCUGGACUCGGCCCCGGCCCAGGACCGGGCAGCUUAGCUCUGCCCCACACUACAGGUCCCACGCCAGUCCCAGGCCAAGCUGCAGGCCUUCCCCAAGCACCUGCAACAACCCCAGCCCAAACCCCAGCUCAGACCACCGUGCCUGCCCGCUACAACCGGAGGAACAACCCGGACUUGGAGAAAAGACGGAUCCACCACUGUGAUUACCCAGGCUGCAAGAAGGUCUACACCAAGUCGUCCCAUCUGAAAGCCCACCUCAGGACUCACACGGGUGAGAAGCCGUACAGAUGCACGUGGGACAGCUGCGACUGGCGUUUCGCUCGUUCGGAUGAGCUGACGCGCCAUUUCCGGAAGCACACUGGCGCCAAACCCUUCCAGUGCGCCGUCUGCUCGCGCUCCUUUUCCCGAUCCGACCAUCUCGCCCUGCACAUGAAGAGACACCAGAACUAGCAGCGUUUAUACACACACACACACACACACACACACACACACACACUGACACACACAUACACACUACAAAACACACAAGCGCUAUCUUGACACACAUGACGCACUCACUCCAUCUCCCACGACAACGUUACAAGCUGCCUGAUGACACCACAGCUGCUCCUGGUGCUGCUAUCCUGUGCUGAGAUGGUACGAUAGCCUAACAGAUGUGUUGCUCUUAACCCAGAGUGGGACGAUUCAGAGGUUGUAAAGUUAGAAACCUCCAGAUAUAGAUUUCUUUGGAUGAAUACAAAGAAGAAAAAUAAUAACAAAAAGAAAAAUGGUAGCUCCAAAAUGUGUCUCCAGUCCAUUUGGACUCUUUUGUGUGACUGGAAUGAAAGCACUUACCACUCAAAACUUGUACAUCUUUUGUUUCUGUCCUAACAUAGAACUGGCUUCAUUGUUUUCUUUUUUUUUUACAAAGGAGAAGCUUUUGUUUGCAAAACUAGUCAAGCCAAAUCAUUGUUUACUCCUUGGUUUGUUCAUAUAACUGGAAAAUCCAGGUUUUAUUUUUAUUUUUUUUCAACCAAAUCCUUCGGUUUGCACUAGAAUUGGUAAUCUGUGUCUGAGCCUUUUCGGCCCAUGCAUCUCAUUCACCACUGGAACGAUCACUAUCACCACUGGACUGAAUCUCUGUGAACGCCACACAAAUCAUGGCUGUUCAGAUAUUAAAAAUUGAAGGCAUUUAUACUCUGGAGAGAGAGAAGAUAGUGCAGGAAAAAAGGAGGGAGGGGUGGAGAUGAAGAGAUAGAAAGAUUUUUGUUUUUAGAGAGAGGAGGAGAUGUGGGGAUGACGGAGGAACGGAGGAAGGUGGAUGGUUGCUAAAGAGCAGCAAUUAGGUGGUGAAUUAUUCAUGUUGUCUUUUCCAAGCCGAGAAGUGUAAGCAGAACCCGGAGACAGAUCCCAGAAUUCAUUCAGUUAAAACAGAAUUGACUGUAUUUGAUGCACAAGCUUGAAUUAAGCGUCUUUUAAAAUCCAAUUACUGUACAUCUGUCUCAUCCAGCCUCCUUUUGUUUUUACUUCUUUAGAAAUGUUUUAACCAAAGUAUCAUUUUCAUCAUCAACACCUUAUUAAGUGCCUCCUUCUCUGAUUUAUGUGUUGUUGCUCAGUGGUAGCAGAGCUGUGAUCAACGUAGAGAGACAGUCCUUUUAAACACACAUGGUGCUGUUUUUUUAUUUCUUAAUCUAUUGAGAUCUCUAGGAGAAAAAAAAUCCUUUUUAAAUUACAAGGUUUACCCAUCAUUCAUUGUGAUUUAACAGCUCGGCUCAGGCCACCUCACGGACAUCCUCUUUUUUAUUAUCAAAGUGACAGUCGGUCCUUCCUCUGAGGGUUUUACCUCCCUCGCUCUGUACACAACUAACUUGCGAUGCGGCUCUAUCAGUCAAUCGAACAUGGACGGAAUGUUCUGUUCAAGGAUAAGUUCUCAUUUUUUUCAAGUCUUUCACAAAACAACAUGCCCACAUGUUCAUUGCAGGGUUGCUUCAAGUGUUCCUCAAGAGCCCAUCACUUGCAUUGAAAUCAUUCUAGGAACUGAUCUCAGUAGGACGAGAGGAACAGUUGCAUCAAUCAAAGACUCUAAUGUAGGGUAAGAUGGAGGACGAUGCCCCCCUUUAAUUCCUCUCCUGACCAACAGAUUGUGCCAAAUCGACUCUCAGUACAUGAAUUGCUUUAUACUCUAGUGCAGGGUGCUUGAAGUUUUUAUGACUUAGGUCAAUAUAGGGAGCCAGCAUUUGACUAAGGGCCACACAGAACAAGUGCAUUUGAGAGUUGUCCACUGAAAUCACUAACUUUAGCUCAAAGCACUAGCACUGAUGAUGGAACGUAAUUCCCGUGACACUCGUGAGGUGCAAGUUGUCAUCUCUGACCUGACAGACGCUUGUUAGUUAAUUCUCUAUUAAUGGAUUAGUUGAAAUUUCAGAAAAUGGAGAAUAAUGUCAGUGUUUCCCAAAGCCCAAAAUGACGUCCUCGAUUGUCUUUUGUCCAAAACCCCAAAUAUUCAGUUAACUGUCGUAAUGUAAAGUUAAAAAAAAAAAAAAAGAAAGAAAAUAUUCACAUUUAUGAAGCUGGAGUCAGAGAAUUUUAACUUUUAUCUUAAAGAAAAAAGCAAAAAAUGACUCAAAAAGAUGAAUAAGUUGAGAACUAAUCGAUUAAUCGUUGAAGUAUUAAAUGUUCGCAAUUAAAAAUAUAGUAUGUUGAUUGAAAGCAAAUGAUUAAAAUAUAAUGCAAGCAUUUCAUGUCAUGUUCUGGGAUCUUACAAAAUGUUUCCGAGGGUGGCCUCUACCCUACGUCACGGACUUUGAGUUACAAAGCUCUAGUGAAUUCUGAUAUUCCAUCCGAACAACAAUACCAGUUGUUUUUUGGCGACCCUUUGCGGUGUUUCCACCAAGUUUUGUGGCACCAAACUUAACUUUAAUGGCACAUUGCUCAUUUCCCAGCAGCAUUUUAGCAACCGAACUUGGGUGUUUUUCACCGACACAAAGCAAAGCGUUGAGAGAAACAAGGUUUAACUCAUCUGCUUUAAAAUAAUAUCCAAAGGCAACAUAUCUGUGGGUUGCAGAAACAUACAAUACAAACAUUACAAGAUUUUAAUUUUUGUGAUGUUACAACAAAAUUGGCAGCUCCACUGAUAUAUUUCUGCCGACAGUGUGUUGGUUUAUGCAUCACCAUCCUGCACACACUAAACUCACAUCCAAACAUGUUUUUAUUUGACAGUAAAUUGACUCUCUUCUCAAGGGUAUGCUUCCCCCCCAUCCUACCCUGCGCAUGAACAUGAGAGUUGUUUUAAUGCAGACUUGAAAACAUGUGAACUUGUCCUUUAACACACACUUGAGUGUCCACUUUGACGGUGUGAUCGAGCCUGCGCCUAUAACUGUAUUUGUUCAUUCACUGCAGGUAGCAUAAAGAUAAUAUAGCACUGUAAUGUAUCAUGGUAAAUCUGACUAUUUAUUUGAUUGUGUAGAAGUGGGGGUUGUAUCAGAUCAACCGUCUUUCUCCCCAGCAAAAAUGCCUUAAUGUAAAUAUAUGCACUGUAAAUAACUAUUGAUUUGUUUUUUGUUUUUGUUUGUUUCCUCUUUUGUUAUUAUUUUGUAAACAAAAGGGCAAAAAGAGGAAAAUGCCCUGCAUCCAAAAAAUAUUUGAGCCUUUUUGUUUUUUCCUUUGGUUUUGUUUCCUUGUCAAAGAUAUUUUGAUGCCAUUGUUUUAUAUAUUGUCCUUCCAACGACUUAUUUUGUAGAUUUUUCUUCCUAGGUAAACGUUCCAAAGACAAAAGUUGUUUUUUCUUCAACUGAGUGAAACCGAUCCUAAUAAAGUCAACUGACACUUUUACA